AUAUAAUAUCUCAACAAAUGACUAUGAUGUAAAAAAUACGUUUGCUGAUUCAAAUAACAAGUAAGUAUAUGUUUUACAAUCUACUGCAAUAAAAUCGUAACUAGAAUUAUAUGCAAGCAACUUAACCUUUUCAACCAAGCAACUAUAAUUUUCAAAUAUCGUUAAUUCAACAUGGGUAUCGCUAAUACACCUUUCCGAUAAUUACGUCACACAUACUUUUUGGUCUUGGAGCCUCGCUCUUAUUAGUAAAUUACGCAAGGUGAUUGGCUCACGAUUCAUGAGAGCAAGGCUCCCAGGCCAAAAUGUCGUAAUUAUCGAAAGGGUGUAUCAGGAUCGUUUGAACACGAGUAUUCCUAAUUAGAAUCAUUUGGACAUGAGAAUUGCUAAAUCUGGUGACUAUGGUAACACCACGACAAAAUGUCCUUGGAUGUAAGGAGAUACAUUCACACCCUUCCGAACGUCUAAAGGUAGCCAUUUUUGAAUGUUUUGGGAAGUGACGGUCUCGAUCUGGUUACUCUGACAUCAUAGGCGUCGACCUGGAGUCCGACCGCUGUGUAGUCUAUGCUCUGUGGAGAUGAAAAUGUCUCGAUGAUUGGAGAUGUUGCGAGCUUAGUGCUGAGCUGCUUCAAUUAACUAUCCAAUGAGAAUCGAAAGUUUCUUUGUGACUUUGGUCAAAAUGACGACAGUGGAGGGAAAUGCAAACGAUCUUAUCAACGAUAUUUUUGUUGAGUAGUUUUCCCAACGUGUGCGGUGAAAAUUCAUAGCUGAGCUUGCCACGAGAAAGUCGGGUCAGCAAGUUUCACUCGUGUGCGGUAAGCUUAACCCACUGGAGAUAACUGGCCCAGCCCGCAAGGCAUGCAGCCUUCUAUAGGUGGCUUCACCGCAUGCGGGCGGAAGAUAAAUUGUCGUAAUAAUAGAUUUGGAAUUAAUUUUAAAUCAUAUUUGGCGAAUGACGCCACAUUUUGCCCUCAUAGGAUGUCAAUAUUAACAUAUUUUAUUAACAAGGUAUUAUUUUAACAAUUUUCAUCUGACUUUUAAAGUGAUGAAGUAAUUGCUAAUGAUCCAGAUGUCAAUGUUGGAAAAGGCGACAACAACAAAGUACCACUUCAACUUGCCAUCAACACAGCUCAGUUUGGUCGUACUUUCCAAGAUCGUUCUCAUAUUUUUAAAAUCAUGGCGAGAAAAGACACCUUCAAAGAUCAUGUGAUUCAUAACAUCAAUGUAAGAGGAAAACGAGGAAAUAUUGUUGAAACUUAUCCUGCAGUUGAAUAUGAUUUUACACACAAGAAUUUGGCAAUGAAAUCUACUCAUUCUGUUCAUAUACAAUUUGCAGGUUAGUACAUUUUUCAAUAAAACAGGUUCAUGCCAGACCAUUUGAAAACCAAGAUUUUGUUGACAUCACACUCGAUUGCAUAAUAGUUGUCUUGUAGAAGGACAUUAUCAAGUGGAAAUUUGUAUACAUUUAUUAGACCUAACCAGGAGCAGGUGCGAAAAAUGCAACUACAGGUACCUGGCAGGAAUCCAACGUGCGAUUCUAAAAUAGAGAGUUUGAGAAAGACAACGAAGUACGAAGACGAAGGCAUACUUGACAAUAUUUGCCGUCUGUACAUUAUCUUGCGCAUACUGAGUUGGACGUCACUGGUGGUUGCACAACGUGUCUUCCCAUGUGUCGCUGUUUAUGAAGACUGACCAUAAUUCUUGCCCUGAUCAAGAAAAAAAAACGGCGAGACAUGAAACUAUAUCCCGUCUUUGUCCUUCUGCCUUCGUGCACAACGAAGUUCACAACGAAUUUUGCCAAAAUAUUCGUUGUGAAUGAAGGCAGAAGACGAAGCCGGGAUAUGGAUUCAUGUCUCGCUGUUUUAUCCUGAUCAGGGUAAGCAUUUGGGUCAGCAUUCACAAACAGCUAGACCUGAAUCUCUAAUCUGUCUUCACUCCUGACCCUAAACUCAGAAUGCGCAAGGUAAUGUGCAAGACAGGCAAAAAUUGUCAACCACGUCAUCGUCGUCCGACUUCGUUGUCUUGCUCAAACUCUCUAAUAUGCGGAGCGCUGCACCGGAAUCGCACAGGGCCGUAGGUUCGAUUCUUGCCAGGGACCUAUAUAGUUGCAUUUUUCGCAGUUGUUCCUGGAUAGGUCUAAUAAAUGUAUAUCAAUUUCCAUUCGAUAAUUUCCAUGUAGAAGACCCUUCAACUAUUAUUCAAUCGAGUGAGAUGCCAACAAAAUCUUGACAAUAAAACGAUAAUGAAUCUGUUGAAGUACGGUCUGCAGUGACUUGGUCUUCAAUGUAUUUCUGGUAAUUAUUAGAGACCUUACGAUUUUAGGACGGCAACGCGACGACGACGGCUAAAACAAACUCCUUCAAAUAAAUCGUAGUAAAGAUAAUUCGUCGUAUAUUAUCAAUCGUGUGAAUUUAAAUUAAUACUGUCUUAGAAGUUGAAGGUAUGGGUUUUAUGGUUGGGAAGAGUUCUACUGAACCCAGUUUGAAGUUGCACUUGUUGCGGCUUGAAAUGCAGCCUUGUAUCAAGACGUGGAAUCUGUGAUUUGGCGUUGUAAACAGAGCGAAAAACAAUGUCUAAAUUAUUCAUAUAUUGUAAUUAUUCAAUUCUUUUCAAUUAUCUAUGUAUUGUAUUGGUAGCCGUUGCCGUCGCGUUGCCGCCCUAAAUCGUAAGGUCUCUAUUAUUGCGGGUAUGCGCCAAGCGAAUUAUAGCAACUCAUCCUAUUCAAAAUAUUGUUUUAUAAUUUAGGCUCCAACAGAAAUCCGAAAAAUAAUGCUGGAGAAGGCAGGGCGAGUAAGUGUCUUAAAUACAAUACUCAUGAUCUACUGAUAUCUCAGAUUAUUUCAGAUAUUGUAGGGUUUCAAUGA